AUGGAAGCCCCGGGUUCCCCCUACGCCUCCUCGCCCGAGUCCGCCCCCAAGCGCGCCCCCCGCUCCUCCUCCCCGCCGCCCCCGCAGGACCGCCCCGAGACCGAGCCCGAGCCCGAGCACGAAGAUGAAAAGGAGAAGCCAACGCAUUUGAGGUUCCUGGUGUCUAACACGGCAGCAGGGUGCAUCAUUGGCAAGGGUGGCUCAACUAUCAAUGACUUCCAGUCCCAGUCUGGUGCUCGCAUUCAGUUAUCACGCAGCCAUGAGUUUUUCCCUGGUACAAAUGACAGAAUCAUCAUGGUCUCUGGACAAUUUGACGAUGUAAUAAAGGCCAUGGAUUUGGUUCUCGAGAAACUCUUGGCAGAGGCGGAAGAAUCCAAUGAAGCUGAAGCUAGGCCUAAGUUUAGACUUGUGGUUCCUAACAGCUCUUGUGGAGGGAUUAUUGGUAAAGGAGGAGCAACAAUCAAGUCAUUCAUUGAAGAUUCACAUGCUGGAAUUAAGAUUUCACCACAGGACAACAACUUCGUUGGCUUGCAUGAUAGGCUUGUUACUAUCACAGGACCCUUAAACACUCAGAUGCGAGCGAUAUAUUUGAUAUUGAACAAGUUAUCUGAGGAUGUUCACUACCCACCUAAUUUGAGUUCCCCAUUUCCAUAUGCAGGCCUUGGUUUCCCAAGUUACCCUGCCGCUGUUCCUGUUGGGUAUAUGAUUCCACAGGUUCCAUAUAAUAAUGCUGUGAACUAUGGACCUAAUGGUUAUGGUGGUGGUGGUGGUGGAAGGUACCAAAACAACAAGCCUGGUACACCUGUUAGAUCACCUGCUAAUACUGAGGCCCAAGAAUCACAUACCAUCGGUGUUGCUGAUGAACACAUCGGUGCAGUUGUAGGACGAGCAGGGAAGAACAUAACAGAGAUCAUUCAGGCUAGUGGUGCCAGGAUCAAGAUAUCAGAUAGGGGUGACUUCAUAGCUGGAACAUCUGACAGGAAAGUGACUAUAACUGGGUCAUCUGAAGCUAUCCAGGCGGCCGAGUCUAUGAUCAUGCAGAGGGUGGCAGCCAGUUCUGAGAGGUGAUGAAGACGGAGCGCACCCCUGCCGAUGUCGUGGACUGCGAGCGAACUUGUUUUUUUUUGUUCACCUAGCUUUAGUGCUAUCUGCAAAGCUUGAGAAAUUUUUAAGAUGACUGUUCGUGUUAGUAACCAGUUAAAUUAGCUGUGUUUUUCCCUCCCGGAAUAGUACUAGCAUUAUAUAUUUCUCAGACAGAUUUGACUCUCCAUAACACAGAAACAAAUGCUGGUGUGCUAGUUCUGCUGCUGCCUGUUUGAAGUUUUGAGAUUUGGGAAGGUUGUUGGUCGGAUUAUGUACA